AAACACAUACAAUGAAUGUAAAAUUGGAAGUGCUUGGAACAGCAAAAGAUUCAAACUCAAAUUCAACAAUUCUGGAAGACUAUUCUCAGAAACUUUCCCACGGAAGUAAAAUCACAAAACGAUGAGCGUCACUCUUUUGGUGGCAGACGCCGUUUGGUCCGAGAUUGAAUCUACCGGCUCAGUAACCGAAGAACAGCUCUCAAUCUUGCAUUUGUUGUUUGGUAAGAAUCUUGAGAAAGCAACCAGAAUCAUCGACAAAAGAGGUGUGAAGAAAAUCUCUGGGUUACCCAGUGGGAGAUCAAUCUUUCAGGUUGUGGGAGAAUCUCAGAAGAGAGAAGAGUAUCUCUGUUUCCCAGGAGAUUACUGUGGAUGUUACUCUUUCUUCUAUGAUGUUGUCAGCAGAGGAGAGCAACUAUGUUGUAAGCAUCAGUUGGCUGCGAGGUUGGCUUCUUCUUUGGGUACAUACAGAGAAAUCGAGGUCUCAGAUGACCAUCUUGCCUUGAUGCUCUCUAAGAUCUGAAGCUACAAGUUAUGUCUUAGGCUUAUGCGUUCCAGUAACCUGGUAUCUAUCUGUGUCUUUUCAGAAUUAUAUAUGCGGAUCAUGAUUCUUCACAUGUUUUGAUGAACAAUGUUGUUUCCCCUUUUCUGUUUCACUUGUUGUAUGUAACCAAUCCAUCAACAAUGGAGUUAUAUCUUUACUGGUUUGGUCUA